CUUUUAUUCUCCAGGAUGAAGUUCUUCUACAUUUUGAACAUUAUUUUCAUGGCUUUCCUGGCUUCUGUCAGUGCAAGCUCUCACGUAAUCGAUGUGAUCAACAAUUGUGGUACACCAACAAGCGUUCAAUUGCCUGGCCACGGUAUUUUUGGCGCAGGUCGACGUACGAUCGAUGGUGAUGUUCGCGGUGGAAUCGCUCAACCGUGCAGCGAUAUCAAUGGCGUCGGUUGUAUCUCGGUGGAAUUCAGUUUGGUUGAUGGAGUUUCAUCUGCUGAUAUCACUUUGAUUCCUCCUCAUCGUUAUGAUCAUAAAGCCUCCUUCUCCCUCAACAAUGGUCAAACUGGCGCAACAUGUGACAAUCCAAACUGUGGCUCGUGCAAUGCAUUCUACAAGUAUGAUGACUAUUGUGCUCAACGUCAAGUCAAUGGUCCAAACUCAAGCAUCCGCAUUCAAUUCUGUUGAGCGAGUCUGUCUCAUUCUCAGAGAUAUUCUGAAAGUUAGGCCGUGCAAAUCAUUUCUGUGACGAAACCUGUAUUAAUCUCUACAGCCCGCAUAAUUGCAAGG